UAGGGCUCGUUUCCCUGUAGGAGCUCUGUAUUGCUGGAGAAGGAGCAAAAGUGCCCUAAUCCUUUUAGGAUUAAUUUAUUCAAAAGAAAUAACAGAAAAAUACUGAACAUGCAAAAAGAAAAUGAAGGAAAACCACAGAACAUGCCAAAGGUGGAGGCACACUGCCCUUCAGAAGAUGUACCACAGGAGGCAGAGGGAAAUCCUCAGCCUUCUGAAGGUAUAAGCCAGGAAACAGGAAGCCUUAGAGGAGGGCUGACCCAUCCUGGCCUGGGGUUGAAAGAGGACACUCCCAUGAGGCAUUUGGACCUGGAAGAAACAAUAAGAGGCGUAGAUGAGUGGGAAAGGCUUAAGAAAGAGAUAAGAAGAGUAAGAAACAAGCUUGCGAUGAUGCAUUGGAAGCAAAGACAUUCAUGCAGCUGUUCUUAUCCUGUGUGUUCUAGACCGUAA